AUGACUAUUACUACUACUACUACUACCACCACCACCACUCCUAGUAUUACCCCGGAACUAUUACUUAAAUUUGCUUAUUCAUAUCCCAAUCUACAAAAUUCAUGGUAUUUAAUUGCUGUAGCUACAUUGACUCAAUUAAAUUUAUCAGAAGAAAUCCCCAAAAUUUUCCAUUUUGCCUUACGACAACAAUUAUUAGAAUUUCAAAAUGAUUCUAAUUUAUUAACUAAUGAAAUCAUGUUAAAAUUAGCUAAAGAUUCAAUUAGUUCAAGUGAAAAAUUCCUUGAUAUUUAUCAAACUGGAGUUAAAUUACCUGAUGUUUUAAUACCUCAUACUUAUAGUGAAAAAUUACCUUUAAAUUAUAAAUAUCAUCAAAGUAAAGAUAUACGUCAAACUCAACAAUCAAUAGUUGAUCAAAUUAGAGAAGUAUUAUUGAAAAUUAGUAUGUUUAGUGGAUUACCCAAAUCAAUUAAUUCAUUAUUAAUAUUAAAAUCAGUAACUCCAACAGCAUUAACCAAUUCAAAUUCAAAUUCAAAUAUUAAUUUACCUAAACGUAAGAAUAUAGUUGAACCCAUUGAAGAAAAAAAUAUUACUCCCAAUAUUACUCCCAAUAUGAAUGUGACUGAUACUAUUGAUGGGAAAAUAUCAAGUGAAUCUAUUAUUGUAGAUCAAAUUGUUACUAAUUUAAUUGAAGGAUCUGAUUAUUGGAAUACAAUUUAUUCAAAUAAAUUAAAUCUUCGAAUUAAAAAAGAAAUGUUACGAACUUAUCCCGAUUUAUGGUAUUUUGUAUAUCAUCAUAUUUAUGGUCCAUUAAUUAGUUUUACAGAAAUUUUAUCUUCUCAAAAAACAUCAUUUAGUUUGAUUGCUUGUAUGAUACCUCAAGAUGUAAAUUCACAAUUAAAAGGUCAUUUAAAAGGUGCUAUUAAUAAUGGAGCAACAAAAGAAGAAGUAAAUAAUGUUAUUCAAUUGGUAUUUGAUAUUUGUGAUUCAUUAAAUCAAACUCAAUUAUGGAAAGAUGGUAAACAAAGUGUACCUAAAUUAUAA